AUGUCUAUUAAAAAACCUUCUUUUGAAAUAAUUCGUCAAUUAAUACCACCACUUUCCCAUGAAUUCCACAAAGGUCAAGCUGGAAGAAUUUGUAUUGUGGGUGGUUCAGAAGAUUAUACUGGCGCACCUUAUUUUAGUGCUUAUUCUGCUUUAAAACUUGGUGCUGAUUUGAGUCAUGUUUUGUGUCAUCCAUCAGCUUCGACAGCAAUAAAGCUAUUCUCCAGUGAUGAUGAUAAUUCAAAACUUAAAGAAAAUGUCAUGGAAAAAAUAAAUUCACUUUCAUUAUCAAGAUUUCAUGUUAUAGUUGUUGGACCUGGAUUAUCAAGAGAUAAAAUAAUGUUUGAAUGUGCCAAAAGUGUUAUUUUGAAAGCCAAGAAAGAUAAUUUACCAAUCGUUAUUGAUGCGGAUGCAUUAAUGUUGGUUCAGAGUCAACCAGAACUUAUUAAAAAUUAUUCUCGGGCAGUUUUGACACCGAAUGUUAAUGAAUUUAAAAGAUUUUGUGAAAAAAUGGAUAUCGGUAUAAGCGAUGAUAAAGAAUAUGCAAUUAAGAAAUUAAGUUUGGCUUUGGGAGGUGUUACUAUCAUACAAAAAGGGCAUAAUGAUUUGAUUUCUAAUGGCGAUAAAGUUUUCGUGGUUGAUAAUGAUGGUGGACUUAAAAGAUGCGGAGGUCAAGGUGACAUCUUAUCUGGUUUAGUUGGCACAUUUUUAUCAUGGGGUGCAUCAUACAAAAACAAAUUAUGGGAGUAA